AUGGCUUCUCAUGAUAGGAUGGAGAGGAAUGAGAAAAAGACAUAUUCCAUUGAGGCUUCACUAAAACGUUUAGAAGCUCGAAUGAAACAAAUUGUUGAAGAGAUCAAUAAAGAGGAACUAUCUAGUCAACCUGAACAAGCCAAUUCCAUUACUACUAUUAGAAGAGGUACACCUAAAAAUGAUGGAUUAGUGCAAAGCAACGAGGAAAGCAUACAAAAGGAAGAAAAAGUAAAGCCUAAUCUUAGGCUGGAGAAGAAAGAAAAGGAAGCAUUUUCUAGACCUGAAUUUUAUAAGGCAGCUCAGCCUUAUAGACCCCCUAUUCCUUUUCUAAACCAACCCAAAGAGAGCAAAAAUGAUGAUGUUUUUUUUGAAAGUAUUAAGAUGCUCUCUAAAGUUAAUACUAACUUAUCUUUGUUUGAUGUUAUCAGGAAUAAACCAGCUUAUACAAAAUUUUUUGAAGAGUUGAACACCAACAAAAGGCGAUAUGCGAACAACGAAAAAAUACAAGAAGCAAGUGUAAUGCUUCAACAUCAAUUGCCCCUUAAGAUGAAGGAUCCUGGUAGCUUCACCAAUAAUAUUACAAUAGGUGCCAAAAAGGAUAUAAAAGUCAUGUUAGAUUUGGGAGCAAGCAUCAACUUGAUGCCGUAUUCGAUGUAUGAACUACUUGACUUGGGAGAGUUGAAGCCUACCACUAUGUGUCUACAAUUUGCAGACAGAUCGAUAAAAAACCCUAGAGGUGUAGUAGAAGACUUGCUAGUGCAAGUAGGUAAGUUAAUAAUUCCAGUUGAUUUUGUAGUACUUGACAUGGAAAAUACACCAACAAGGGAUAAAGAGCAAACCAUACUCCUUGGUAGACCUUUCAUGGCAACUACAAGAACUGUGAUUGAUGUGCAUGAUGGAAAACUUACCAUGACAGUUUUAGGAGAAACUGUGGAACUUAAAGUGUUUGAUUCUUUAACUUUAUCUCCUAAAUCUACUAUUGAUAAGUGUUCAUAUAAUUAUUUAGAUUCUCUUGUUUAUGAACAAUUAUAUGAUGAUAUUCCAUUCUUAAUUGACAAGAGUUUUCAUGACACUUUAGAUGUUCGCAUAAAUAGUAUGAAGCCAUACUUGAAAGGAAUGGCUUAUGACGAAAAGAUCGAGUGCGCGGAUGAACGCCCACCAUGA